CACAGUUCUCUUGUCGCGAGAGUAACCUUUAAAUGCCAAGCACUUCUGUUUCUUUUUCUUUUCUUUUUUAAGUCUUAACCAUGCGUGGUAAGUUGUUGAAUGUUUAGGUUAUUGUUAUGGAGGCGGAGUCCAUGACGGCUAUUGGGCUUCCAAGCGGAUCGAGAAGCCUGUUUUCUGCGUUGUGAAACAAACUCAUCAAACGAUUUCCAUCUUCUUCUACAAUGCACGGAUGCAUCGAUGGUUCGAUCGGUCACUUGAAUCAAUCCACUCGUUACUGCAGAAUGUAUCUCGAUCCAUCUCGGUCAGGCCGGUAUCCAAACCGGUAACAACUGCUGGGAACUCUACUGCUUGGAGCACGGCAUUUCCCCUGACGGUGAAAUGCCAGCCAACGAUGCCGGCGGCCCUACCGAUGACUCUUWCAACACCUUCUUCAGCGAAACUUCGUCUGGAAAGCACGUCCCCCGUGCUGUCUUUGUGGAUUUGGAACCCACUGUGUGCGACGAAGUCCGCACCGGAGCUUACUCCAAGCUUUACCAUCCCGAACAGAUCAUCUCUGGAAAGGAAGAUGCCGCCAAUAACUACGCCCGUGGACACUACACCGCCGGAAAGGAGGUCGUCGACCAAGUCUUGGAUCGCAUCCGAAAGCUUGCUGAUACCUGUACCGGACUCCAAGGUUUCCUUGUCUUCCACGCCACUGGAGGAGGUACCGGAUCCGGUCUCGGUUCCCUCUUGUUGGAACGUCUUUCGGUUGAUUACGGCCGCAAGUCCAAGCUUUCCUUCGCUGUGUCUCCCAGUCCUCAAGUCUCGACUGCUGUUGUAGAACCUUACAACUCUGUGCUUUCCACCCACGCCCUUUUGGAACACACCGAUGUAACAUUCUGCCUCGAUAACGAAGCCUUGUACGAUGUCUGCAAGCGUCAACUCGGAAUCCAGAAGCCUACCUACACCAACUUGAAUCGUUUGAUCGCCCAGGUCAUCAGUUCUCUCACUGCCUCCCUUCGUUUCGAUGGUGCCUUGAACGUUGAUGUCACUGAGUUCCAGACCAACUUGGUUCCUUACCCUCGUAUCCACUUUAUGUUGACCUCGUACGCUCCUGUCAUCAGUGCCGAWAAGGCCUUCCACGAGUCUCUAUCGGUUGCCGAAAUCACCAGCACCGUCUUCGAGCCUACCAACAUGAUGACCAAGUGCGAUCCUCGUCACGGAAAAUACAUGGCAUGCUGCCUCAUGUACCGUGGAGAUGUCGUCCCUAAGGACGUCAACGCUGCCGUUGCUUCCAUCAAGACCAAGCGUACCGUCCAGUUCGUCGACUGGUGUCCUACCGGUUUCAAAUGUGGUAUCAACUACGAACCUCCCAAGAACGUCCCYGGAGGUGACUUGGCUGAAGUCAAGCGUGCCGUAUGUAUGGUUGCCAACACCACCGCCAUUGCCGAAGCCCUUUCCCGCAUUGACCACAAGUUCGAUCUCAUGUACGCCAAGCGUGCCUUUGUCCACUGGUACGUUGGAGAAGGUAUGGAAGAAGGAGARUUCUCCGAAGCCCGUGAGGAUCUUGCCGCCUUGGAGAAGGAUUACGAAGAGGUCGGAGCCGAAACUGAWGSUGGUGAGGGCUACACCGAAGACGAGUACUAAAUGGACAACUCUUCGUUCUGUUGUCCAAUUAGUUCAAGGUUUGAGCGUCUAUGUCKUGCUUUGUGAUUUUUAUCAUUUCAGAAUCUUUCUGUAGACGAUAAAAAUGUAACGAYCUA